AUGAAUCUCAAGUAUUUGGCAAUUGGAAUAGUGUUCUUACUUCAGAGUACCAUCGGAUUUCUGGGAAAUUUUUCUCUUCUUUCCUACUACCUCAUCCAUUACUGUACUGAUCAGAAGUUAAAGACCAAGGAUUUGAUUUUCACACAUCUGUUCACAGCGAACUCCUUGGUCAUUGUUUCCAGUGGUAUGUUAGUAACAAUACAGGCUUUUGGAAUGAAAUGGCUUGUCAGUGAUUUUGGCUGCCAUCUUCUUUUGUAUAUUCAAAGACUUGGCAGAAACAUGUCCGUUGGUACCAUCUGUUUUUUGAGUGUCUUUCAGGCUGUCACCAUCAGUCCAAGUGACUCCUGUUGGAAGGAUCUGAAAGUCAAAGCUCCAAAGUUCAUAGGACCCUCCAUUUCCCUCUGCUGGGUCAUAUAUAUGGUCAUAAAUUUGAUUUUCCCUGUGUAUUUGUAUAUUAAAAGGGACAGCAAAAAUCAGACACUCAAAAGAGAUUCAAAAUAUUGCUCCACUGUAGGUUAUAAUGAAGUCAUAGGCUGGUUGUUUACAGCUUUCUGUGUAUUACCUGAAAUUUUGCUUUCUAUGAUUAUUGCCUGGUCUGGUGGAUCCAUGGUUGUCAUUCUGUACAGGCACAAGCAAAGGGUUCAAUAUAUCCAUAGCUCUCAUGUUUCCAUCAGGGUAUCCCCUGAGUCUAGAGCCACUAAAAGCAUCCUGAUCCUAGUGUUCACCUUUCUAGGUUUCUAUGCCCUCUCCUCUAUCUUACGGGGUUGGAUUGCUCUUGAAUAUAAUAGUGGAUGGUGGCUAAUGAACAUCACAACCGUGAUUUCUAUGUGCUUCCCCACACUUGGCCCUUUUAUUAUGAAUCAUAACUCUGUCAUUAUACAUAAAUUCCUUUUUUUCUGCAUGAAAAAUUGA